CUUAUGGUUAGAUUAGAUAUUUUACUCAAUUAAAUAUCACUGUUUUCUUGAAGCAAUGUCUAAUAGAUUUAGUCUAUAAUGUAUUAUUUGUCGUUACUUAAUUGUUGUGCAGGCUUCUUGUGCUGGAAUGGGCCUGUUUGCUUUGCUCUUAAGUGUUUCCUACAGUCUUCAGGUGAUCCUUUCUAAAUAUCCUUUUUUUUUUUUUUGACAAAAGAUUUUCACCUUUCUUUAUAUCUUACUAGAUAUGAGCCCGUGCGUUGCAACGAGUUUUGUUUGAUGUUUUAAUUUAAUGAAAAAAGUAAUAGUAAUAAAUCAUUUUACUAUAUUUUUAUUAUUGUUUUUGCAUAUGUUGUGUGAGAUUUAUUUUAUAAUUAAGAACUCGUUUUUAUACAUAAAUAUCAGUUAAUAUUUGUAUUUUAUAAUCAAAGAGCAUAGGUUAAUUUUUAUCAACUUUCUACUUAGUGCUAGAGAAAACACUCAUACCUAUAAAUUUAAACCCAACCCAAUCCGAAUUAAGAUUUAGAAUGAAAAAAAAAUUGAAAAAUUAAAUAAGGCCAAUUAAGUCAAUGAAAACAUCAUACACUUUCUUAUGUAAUAAUUAAUAUUUUAUUAAACUUAUUUGAUGCUUAAUAAUUUUCUUAAUUCAUUAUUUCUUAAUGAUACAUUUCCAUAAUAACAUUUUAAUUAAAAAUGAAGAAGAAAAAUAUUACAUAGUAAAAACAAAAAAUGUAAUAAGAUGGCGAUGAAACUUGAUUUUUUUUGAUAAAAUACAUAUAAACUUCGGUGACAAUAAUAAAAAUCUAUCCCUUAUGACCAAACAUGAAAAUAUAUCAAACAUGAGUUUGAUUUGUGUAUGAUCAAACAUGUGUAUCAUUUCCAUAUGACCACAUAUAAAUAUAAAUAGCAAUCAUGACGACAUCUUUAUUUUUGAUUUUAGUUAACUAAAUAGUUUUAACAUCAUACUUGUCAUUAAAUUCUUUUUUUUUUUUAAUUAUUAUAAAAUUAUUUUAAUUUUUUUUGUUAGGAUUUUUUUUUAAAAGGGCUCCUUUUCAUUUAAAAUUAUUUUUAUAUAUCAAGCACUCUUUUACAUUUUUUGUUUAGAAUUUUUGGAAAGGAAAAUACUAUCAUAUAACCUUUUACAAUUAUCUUCUGUUUAAAAUUUUAGAAAAAUUAAAUUGUAAUCAAAUAAUUAUUUCUAGUUACUCUUAAAUAAGUUUAAAAAAUACUAUUUAUAUAAUUUGUAUCAAUACUAAUUUUAAACAAAGGGAGUAAUUUUAGUAUCAUGUUCAUCAUCAAAUUCUCUUUUAAAAAUAUUACCAAAUAACUUUUUACAAUUUUAUUUUGGUUAGAAACUAAAAAUAUGAUACAAAUCUCUUUUGUUGAUGAUUUUUUAAAAAUAUAUCAAAUAUUCUUUUACAGUUUUUAGGGUUUUAAAAAAGGAAAUUAAUAUUAAAUAAUAUUUUAAAUUUUUAAAUUUUUUAUUUUGUUUAGAAUUUAGAAAAAUAAAAUUACUAUCAAAUAAUUAUUUCCAGCUAAUAUUGACUAUUUUUAAGAGCUACUAUUUUCAAAAUUCAUUUUUUUUCAAUAUCACUACUAUUUUAACAAUUUUUCUUUGUUAAUUAAAUAAUUUUUAUUAUCAUGUUUAUCAUUAAAUUUUAAAAGUGAAAAUUACUAUUAAAUAGACUUUUACAAUUAUCUUUUAUCAGGAUUUUUUUUAAAGAAAAAAAAUCUUAUUUGGUGAAGAUUAAAAAAGAAAAAAUAUUUUACAAAUCUCUUGUUGAUAAAUUUUAAAAAAAUCAUCAACAAGAUUUUAAGAUUUAGGAAAAAAUGUUAUUUUCACAUAAUGGUAGAUUUUUAUUGACACAUUAACAAUCUAUUUGGCUCAUGUCACAAUCAUCUCGGAUGAAAUAUUUGAAGUUAGUUUUGGUUUAUAAUUUUUUAAACAUGAAUUACCUAUGAAAAAAAGAAAAGUUAGUUAUUUAUAAAAAAAAUAAUAUUUUUAUUACAAUUUUAUUUUAUUUAUACUUUUUAAAAAAAGAAAGCUUACUUAUUUUAUAAUUAUUUUUCUUUAAUAUUUUUCAUUAAAACAUUUGUAAAAGUUCAUUCUUUUUACAAUUAUUUACUUGUUUAAGAUUUACAAAAAAAAUAAAAUUACUAUCCAAUAAUUUUAACCAUAUAUAAUUGUAAGAGACUAUGUAAUAGUAAUUGUUCAUUUCCAAAAUCUUAAAAAUAAACAUUAGAAAAUAUUUUUGUAAUAAUAACUUUUAAUAUUUCUUUUAUGUCACAAUAUUAGAAAAUUUAUUGACACAUGUCACAAUCAUGUUAAUUAGCAACUUUGAAGAACUAAGCUUUAUAUAAUAAGAUAUCAAUAAAUACUGUUAAUGUAUAUAUAUAUAUAUAUAUAUAUAUAUAUAUAUAUAUAUAUAUAUAUAUAUAUAUAUAUAUAUAGAUCAUGCACCAUAGAUUCUAAAACCUACAUUUAAAAAGAUCAUCAACAGUUCUGAAUUUUAAAAUUAUACUAGACUUUUAUCUGGGCUAUGCGUAAAAUUUAUUCUUAUUUAAAUAUUCAAAAUUUCUAAGAAAACUUAUAUGUUCAAAAUAAAAAAAAAGAUUAGAUUUAUUACUUCAGACUCUUAAAAUCUAUUCACGGAUGUGAUAAAUGCUAACAUAUAUUAUUACAAGAAAUUAUAAUUUUAGAAAAGUAUUAAAAUUAUGAAUACUCCUGAUGAAAGUUUAUUAAUCGAUCUGUAUUAUGUAAAUUUAAACUUACGAUUCCUAGUUACUAAAUUUCUUCCCUAAUGUUUUUUUUUUUUUGUGAAACUUAUCUUCCCUAAUGUUUAUAUAGUCAUUCGGCAUUCUACCAGAACUCACUCCACUUUUUACCUUCAUCAGCGUACUGGUAAACACAUCUAUAUCACUUUUUAUUUGCUUAAAAUAUAUAAUUUUGGGGACGUAUCUAACUAUUUAUAUGAUUGGAUAAAUACGAUUUUGUUUUUAUUAGGGUUAUAUUAUAUCAUAUGCUUUGGGCAUGGGAGGGCUACCAUGGAUUAUAAUGUCUGAGGUAAUACUUAAUGUUCAAUGUAUAGUGUUAAUAAUAAUACAUAUGUGCUACUUAAAUUUUAAAAUAUAAGAAAUCAAACUUCCCUAACUCCUACAUUUUACAGAUAUUUCCUAUGAACGUAAAAGUUUCAGCUGGAACUUUAGUUACAGUUACCAACUGGGCAUGUGGUUGGAUUAUUACCUUCACCUUCAAUAUAUUAAUGCAAUGGAAUGCAUCAGGUAAAUAGUCAUUUGAUGUUUAUAUGUUCUUAUAAUACUUAUUUGUAAGGGACACUACAAGUUAUUCCUAAUACUGAUUAUCUUGUUAAUAAAUUAUUAAAAUAUUUUCAGGAACAUUUUUAAUUUUCUCCUCCGUGUCAGCUGUGUCGAUCGUGUUUAUCUAUUUCAUAGUGCCUGAGACGAAAGGAAGGUCACUCGAAGAAAUACAAACAUUGCUUUCCAAUUCUGUUCAUUAAUACCAAAGUAUCAUUUUAUUUCUUGUUGCAAGAAAAGUAAAAAACAAAGAAAAGAGUUAUAAAUUUAUUAGCGUUCAUGUGAGUUUGACUUGUGUUGGAUGAUUAUAUCGAAUUUUUAUUUGGAGCCUAAAACAACACGUUAUUGUUGAUGUUAAAAUAAUUAAAUAUUUAUAUAGUUAAAAAAGAUUAUAAAUCAUAUUGGGAAUGAUUGGUCUAGCAGAUAUCACUUGCAAACACUGCGUUUGUGGUUCAUAUCAUUUUUUGUUGUUUGACAACAAUGACGAAGAUUGCUGUUCACUGUUGGUCAUAAAUUAAUCCAACUCCUGGUAACAGAUCCAGUGGAGACGGGGUGAGGCAGGAGUAAUUCUUCUUGGCUAUAGCAAGAUGUCGAUUUCUGUUUUCAGGACUUUUGGCUUACAGUUUCUUCUGCAUUUGGCCUUAAAAACUUCUAAAUAAAAGAAAGUCUUUUCAUAUCUCAUGAUAUGGUCGAAUCUUACAUAAAUUUUGCCAAUUUAUGCUUUCAUACCAAAAUAUUUCUAAUUAACGUUUCUCAAAUAAAUCACCAUCAAAUUCAUAUUUUCAUUUCAAAGAUGCCAAAUUCAGAUUCAACAAUCAACAGAGUGUUGCUAGAACACAUGUUCCUUCUCAACAACUUAGCCAGCAUUCUUAGAAAGCCACUUGGAGCACAUGAAUUUGACUCAUUCAUUUCGAAGAUGAAUAUUCCUAACCUUCCUUUUUUGCAGUAAAUAUGGUUAUAUACCAACCACCACCAAAAAUAUCCACAUAUUACAUAACCAAAUGAUCAAAAUCAGUCAAGACACAGAGCCACCUACAGAUUAUUCACCAGAAGAUAAUUAAAACGAGCCAAAAAAGAUGUUUAAGCCAUUGCGGAUAACUAGAAGCCACAUAAGAUUGAUGAAAAUCCUCUCUUGUGACACUCGCUGCAAUUAAGAAAUCACACAGUCUUUUCUUGAUUUCAAUUCCCAUGUCCAGAGAUUUUCUCUCCAACACCCUCCCUCAAAAUAAUGGUGCGUAUAACCAUUAAUCUCGCAGAAUCCAUCAUACACCCUCCGAGACAAUGCUUUAUUUUUCUAGCAAUCUCGAAGGAACUGAGCCUUUUAUGGACCAUCACCUAGUGGGAUGAUCGUGCCACUUUUCGAAUCGGAUUAAUGGGUCAGGCUGUGGACGCGCUCUGAUACCAUAACAAAUUUCACAGACUUCCAACUUAAAAUCAAUUGGCAGUACGUGGAAUGUUCCAAAUUCAUUAUAUAUUACUCAAGUCCUUACAUAAUUCUAAUGUAGGAUCUUGUCUCAAAUAUAUAAAAAUAAAAAAGAAAGCGAAGAGUGGAUCAAACUCUUGAAAUCCACUAGAAAGAGGGCCGGUUAACUAACUGCACCUAAAAUAUAUUUGAAGUUUACUGUAAAUACCACCUUGUUGAAGUGUAAAUCCCUCAUGCUAUUAAUUUCACAUAGCUAGACUUCCCAUUAACAUCGAUGACAGAACAUAUAUACGACCUUCAGAUAUGGAGCAGCACCUUGCUGUAACUAUCCCAAAAAAAACCACACCGCCCCAUUGGUCCAUCUGUGCUUAUUCAAAGACACACCGACAUCAUAUUUAACCCAUCAUAACUCUGGGGAUUUCCAACCAUGAUUUUGGCUUAAUUGUGUAUCCACCAUCACCAAUCUGUCUCUUGUUUCCAAAGCAUGAGCUUGUGUUCAUUGGUCAAAGUCUUCUUUUUUUCUUUUAAGAUUGAGCAUGAUCCUGUUUUUCCUCAAUCACCACAGUAUCCAAAGGAACACCAGAGCCGGUCCUGGGACAAGGCUAAUAAAACAUUUUACUAGGGCCUCCAAAAUUUUUGAAAUUUUUUAUAUGAAACAUAUUCCCUCUGUUUCAAUAUACUUGAUGUUUUAGAAAAGUUUUGUUGUUUCAUAAUAAAUGAAGUUUGCACAAAUCUAUGUAAUUUGAACUUUAUCAAAAACUGUGUAACCAAUUAGAUUUUUCUUAUUUUUAUUUAUAAUUAAAUAAACUAAUUUUAUAUUAUAAUUUAGUAAUGCUUUUGAUAAAAAAAUAGUUUUUCUUAAUAUUUCUGCAUUGGACUAAAAUAUCAAGUAAUAAAAAAUAGAGUGAGUAUUAUUUACAUAUUGUACACUAAUAUAUGUCUUUGUAUACAGAAUGAUAACUUUAAUUAAGGAAAGAGCAGUGUUGUAUACUAUGAAAUUAAGUGUGCUUGAAAUCUUUUUUUUAUUAACAUAAGGGUAUCUUGGGUCAACAAAAAGUUUCAAACUAAUUUUAAGGAGAUGUGCAAUUCAUAGAUAGAUUCUCUACGGAUAUGUAAAUGUACCGAAAGCAAGGAUCCAUAUAUGCAUGGAUGUCUAGAAGCAAGAUGAUUUAAUUUUAUGUAAUAGAUAUUCGAACCUAAAAUUUGUUAGCUUCUCAAAGUUGUCUCCUUCUUAUUCGACCACAAGGUCCCUGCUCAAAUCAUAAUUUUCAGAAACGUUAUUCUUCCUCAUGCUUGCCACUAUUCUCGUGAAUUUGUAAUAUAAUUUUAGUAUAUGCAGUUCAGUUCUUAUUUACUGUUGCAGUUUUGUGUCUAAAAAUGUGUGUAUUGAUGUUGAGUAUUAUCUGAUAAAAUGAAUUGUAAAAGUUUACAACUAAGUAUUUUGAGGUUUGGAAAAUUAAAGUUUUGUUAAAUUUUUGGUGUAUCCAAAGUUUUAUUUGUGUUUCUGUUGUGUUUUUUUUUGUGUUUUUUUUUUCCUUUCAGAUUUCUUAAUUCAUGUCUACUAUGCCACCCGGCGUCCACUGAACCGGCCGAGAUAGCUGACGGUCAAAAGUCAAACCUUAUAAUCUAAAAUACAAGAGCUUAAGGGUGAUUUAAGUUUCAAUAUUUUGUAUUUGGUUCACGAAGUUCCCAUCUGUCUCCCAUUAUUAGCUGUUUACCCUUUUAUUAUUCCAACAACCUUGAAAGAGAAUAAUACAUCUCCCUUGGAGCAAACUCCCAAACUAUGCUUUUCACGUGCAACAAACUGUAGAUCAUAUUCCCAUCAUCACCACCUUUAUAAGGACCCCCCAGGUAUCUCGUAUUUUGCAUAUAUUAUUUCAUUCCUACACUUUUAACACUUUCUUUGUUUAUCUGUUCGUAUCAUAUAUUAUUUGAAAAAAGCUUCAUUUUUAUAAUUAGCAAGGCCAAUGGCUCUCGAGGGUGCGAUUUCCCAAUGCAGCUAUAAUGGGAAAGAAGCAUAUUCCAACAUUUACACAGAUAAUGAACCACCGUUUUCUGAUCUCCAAGCCGCUCUUUGUUUCCUCGACAAUCAAACCGAUAACUACGACUCUACUUUUCUCCAAGAAGGCUACUAUGGGAAUACUACUACAUUCCUUCAUCAACCACCUAAUGAAGAGAAACCUGCGGCGAACUGCGAUAUCAGUUUCCACGGAGAUAUGGGGAAGAAUCAGGUAACGCGCAGAACAAGGGCGAAGAAAAACAAAGAAGAAAUUAGUAAUCAACGUAUGACUCACAUUGCAGUGGAGCGCAACAGGAGAAGACAGAUGAAUGAGUAUCUCUCUGUUCUCCGCUCUCUCAUGCCUGAGUCAUAUGUUCAAAGGUGUGACCAAGCAUCAACAGUAGGAGGCGCAAUAAACUUCAUCAGAGAACUCGAACACCGUCUUCACCUUCAAAACCUCUGUUGCGAGACAAAUGAAACCUCUCUAUCAGGAAGCUGUAUGUCAUCGGCGACACCUUUCUCCGACACCUUCAAGCUUCCCCAGUUCUCAAUGGGUUCAUCUUCUGUCAGCGAUAACAUGGUUCUCGAGGUUAACGCAUUGGCUGAUAUCGAAGUAAGCCUCGUCGAGAGCCACGCAACUCUUAAGAUAAGGUCAAGAAGAAGACCAAAGGUUCUUCUCAACAUGGUCUCUGGCUUACAGAACUUAGGGUUUAUCAUUUUACACCUGAAUGUCUCCACCGUUUCUGACUUUGUCCUCUACUGUUUCUCCACUAAGAUGGAAGAUUGUUGUAAGCUUUCCUCCGUCGCUGAUAUAGCUACUGCAGUGUAUGAAAUGCUCAAGAUGCAUCACGAUUCAUGAUGAUGCUCAACAUUACCCCUAAAGUAGAUCUAUUUGCAGUGUAAAUGCUAGUAACGACUAGCUGAUCUGGGAUCAUUUGAUACGAGUUUAUAUAAUUGAAACUGUAUGCUUGGCCUGUCAAGUUACUUUAGUAUAUUGUUACAUUAAUAAAUGCUUCUAUCAAGUGAACUUUCCAAACUUUCUAGACGGUCCAUUUUUUCUUUAAUCUGUUGACAAAAGGUAGUAAAUGGUAACAGCUGGCGAUUAAUGGUGGUUGGCUUUGGUUAAUUCUUAGAAAACAAACUUUAUAAGAAAAUAUUGAUUUGGAGGAAGAUCAAAUAAAAUCGUCUAGUCAUUCUCGACCCCUCUCAUCUGUUUCACCAAUACUUCCAUCUUGACAUUCAAUAAAAAUAGUUGGUACCAAACAAAACCAGGAAUCUAUGUUUUUCAAUGGGCCACGAAUCCGCCAAAACUACCUUUGUAUAUUUUAUUGUGUGAUAAUCAAAAAGAAACAAAUUCCAUUACAGUUUCAUAAAUAUACGAAAAUGAGAAUGGAAGUUUCCUUUUUUUAUUUGUUAAAAAAAAUGAGAAUGGAAGAAAGCACUGAUAGUAUUAAAAUCAUUGUAACACUACACUUACACACUUGCCAAUCAAUUCAUUUCCUUUUUCUUUGUUCAACCAUAGAUUUUCAUUAAACUGGAUAACAAAGAGUUUAGCCCACUGGGGACCCAUUACAAUUACAAAACGAAAUUUAAGAUAAAUGAAGAUUCUCUUUGCUAACUCGUUGGCUUCCUGGUUCAGAGAUCGUGGCAGAAACGAAAAGGAGAUUGAGUUAAACACAGAGGAGAUUUGAUGGAUAUCCUUGAUGAUCCCAUUAAUUUCCUUUUCCUGCAUCUUGGUGUUGAUAGCUCUGAUGAGCGAAAGAUAUUGAGAUUGGGAAUCUCAAGAUCUGCUGCCAUGGUGGUGGAUGAUCGAAUCGCUAAUGCUUCAGCCAUCAAAGGGGAAGAGACUAAGCUUUGGACCUCCGCUCCUUGUCUUGAUUCCUCGUUGCUGCUCCCUUUGAAGAUCCAAGCUAGGCAUGCCAUCAUAGAGUUUUUUUUUCCCAUGAGGCGUCUGUUUUGCAAUUCAUCCUAUACCUUAUAAGCAAUGUUUCUUGAAGUUUUAAAGUUUAAAGAAUUUGUGGGAGAUUUUAAUGGCAUAGUUUUAACUCACAACUAGAUUUUGACCCGCCCUUUGAAAGGGCGGGUAUAUUUUAUGUUUUAAUUUAUCUUUUAAAAUUUUAAUUUUUAUAUUUGUGUUUUUGUUUUUAUAAUCAUGUUUGUAUUUUUCUUUGUAUAAUUUUUAAUAAAAAUCUUAAUCUUUGAAAAAGAUUGAGAUUAUUAAAUAACAUAAAAAAAUAAUUUGGGUGGAAUACUUACAAAAAGAAAUUGUAACCAAAUUACAUGCAUCAGAUUUCAAUCAUAAUUUUAGUACUUUAACAAUCUGCAUUUGGAAUCAACCCAAAAGAAAAGAAGAAUAACUGUUAUUAUAUAUAUGAAUGUCGGUACAUGUACAUGCAAAGAAGCCAUAUGGGAAAGAAGUGGGUACCGAAAAAUAUGGACAGGAAGUUACUUUUUUUCUUUCCCGCAAAUAGAGAGUAAUAUCCUUUUAACAUUAAUCAAAAUAUGAGAAUAAUUAACUGGACAUAACAUUUAUCAAUUGGUCAUGAUCCUAAUUUAAUAGAAUAGAUAAUAUGCUGUCAAUUAUUGUCAGCACAUCAAACAAAAUAGUGUUAUAGGAUUAAAUGAUCUAUAGGGAUAGGUUGAGGCAUAAACUAAUUUUACAUUACGAUUCUAUAAAAAUAAAAUAGAAAUAGAAAUAUGGUAUUUUUGUUGUAACUAUUAAAAGAAAAUGACUAAAUAAGAUCAAACGGGGAAAACGUCAAACUUAAGGAAAAUGCACAGGAAUCCAGAAUCACAAAUCACAAAUCA